UGAUGAUACAUAUAUUUUAUACUGUACGCUGAAUAUAUUCCUAUCGUCAAUACUAAUUAUUCAUCACAGGUAUAGCCAAUCUCAAUUUGCAGCUACAUUCAUCGGCCUACAUCCAACAUCCAACAUCCAACAUUCGUACUAGUGUGUGUUAGCAUCGCCGACCAAUCGCUACAAUUCGGCUGAAUGUAGACUAUUCUAGCACACUGGACACGUAGUGCCCAAGCCUUGGCCAGACCUGGCAAAUUUCAUAUCAUCACCAUCUUCAUCAGAUCUAAUCCUUGUUUAAAAGUUGGCCUAUAAUUACCGUAACAGCCAUGCCACCACCCAUCGUCACCGCCACGCUGCAAGCUGCCGUGAUCAACGCCAGCUCAAACAUCGUUGCACAAGCGAUUACCGCGUACAGAUCUGAGACCGCAUUCCAACUCGACUAUACCGCCCUCGCGCAGUUCACUGCCGUGGCCAUUAUCAACACGCCCCCAGCAUACCUAUGGAUGAUUAAUCUGGAGGCGACCUUCCCCGGACAGAGAGUAGUAGAAGAUAUAUCCACGCAUCCAAAAAAGACCGAUGAAAAGAGCCCGCCUAAAGAUGCGGUGCAGAAAUUAAAUGUCAAAAACACCAUCAUCAAAGUCGUCAUCGACCAAACCGUCGGGGCGACGUGGAUGUCGGCGUUGUUCCUGAGCACAAUGACAAUAUUGCGUGGGGGAGGAGUGGGGGAGAUUGUCGAGGUGAUAAGACGGGAAUUCUUCCCGAUUAUGCUCGCUGGUCUGAAAUUAUGGCCGCUAGUCUCGAUCUUGUGUUUUGCAGUGGUCCCGGUGGAUAAAAGGGUGCUUGUGGGAAGUCUGUUUGGAUUCGGGUGGGCUAUUUAUUUGAGUCUGAUAACUGCUUAGAACUAUUGUUAUACAUAUCGAAUUUAAGAUACGGUUUAGCAGUGCA